AUGUCAGAGAUCAAGAGCCUGAAAGAGCAGUUAAGUUCUACGUUCGAAAUGAAAGACUUGGGAGCUGCUCGAAGGAUUUUAGGAAUGGACAUCAUUCGUGACAGGGAAAAAGGUAUCCUGCGUCUAUCACAGUCUGAAUAUUUGAAGAAGGUGAUUAGGAAUUUCAGGAUGGAAGAGGCUAAGAUUGCUCAUACUCCGAUUGGUGCUCAUUUCAAGUUAGCAACUGUUCAUGAUAUCAGUGAGUGUGUUGACACAGAGGUCACUCCAUACUGUUCUGCCGUUGGAAGCAUCAUGCAAUGGUGGGCUCGAGACCAGAUUUGGCGUAUGGGAUUGGUUUAG